GUUUGCAAAGAGCCUCUGAUAAAUAGGCAAAAAAGGCCUUGCUUGCUCCAGCUGGACUUCAGUGACGCUCAGAGAUCAUUGAAUCCUCACGUAACAACUCAGCAAGCAGAGACUCCCUGUGCUUCACCAAAUACUGAUUCAGAGAAUAAGAAGAUACCAUCAUUACUGAUUUCUUACUGCUGUGUGGCAAUUACAUAUGGCCCAUUUCAAGGAAUUUGUUUUAAAACCCAAACAAUAAACAGUACAUGAAUGAAACACUGGACAGGGUCAGAGGCCAACAUGGCUGCACACAACCACUUAGCUCUCUCAGAUGGAUACUGCCUUGCAGAGCCACCCCAGCUUUAUGAAGUUUUGACAGAUCAGAUCAGCUAUCCACUUCAAGAUCCAGAUCUGCAGAUGACGUCAUACAGCCAGUAUCCCAGCAUGCAAUUCUCUCCGAUGGCAGCACCCCAGCCACAAACACACUAUUCUGCCCACAAUUACUACCCACAGUAUUCAGCUGAAGGGCUUUAUUCACCUAACUCAUAUGAACUAAAUAAGUCACAGUACCUGGACCCCAAUGAUGUUGAUACAGGAAUACCUGUGAUGAAGAGACCUAGACUCAACCAUUCAUCUUUGCGAAUAAAGGGUGAGGAGGAGCUCUGUGUGGUGUGUGGGGACAAAGCCUCUGGCUAUCACUAUAACGCACUAACCUGUGAAGGUUGCAAAGGAUUCUUCCGCAGGAGCAUCACCAAGAAUGCUGUGUAUAAAUGUAAGACUGGUGGGAAUUGUGAAAUGGAUAUGUACAUGAGGAGGAAAUGUCAGGAAUGUCGACUGAAGAAGUGUAAGGCAGUGGGAAUGCUGGCAGAAUGUUUGCUGACAGAAAUCCAGUGUAAAUCUAAACGAUUGCGGAAAAACACAAAGCAAGUCAUGGACCUAUUGUGUAACAUAAAGAUGGAAGAAGAAGGGGUUGACAGUAAACAGGUUUCAUCCACAACCAAGGCUGGGAAGAUACAGGAGAGAGUUGAGUUCACACCUGAACAACAACAACUUCUUGAUUAUAUUGUGGAAGCUCAUCACAAGUAUCGAAUACCCCAAGAAGCAGCAAGAAAGUUUUUGCUGGAACUUUCAAAUCCUGUGGAGAAUCUUCUCCGACUGACAGAGAAUGCCACAAUGCAUGUUGAAGUAUUAGUGGAGUUUACCAAACGAUUGCCAGGAUUCCAGACAUUAGACCAUGAAGACCAGAUUGCAUUGCUAAAAGGCUCUACCGUGGAAGUAAUGUUCCUUCGGUCUGCACAAUUGUAUAACCAGCGCUUCACACAGAGUAGUCACCAAUUUGUCCAAGACACUGAUCACUAUUCCACAUUCUCUGGGUGCUGUCAUAACCAGUGUUUUGAAGAGCAUGUUCCAACCGUUACGAUGGAGCAGUCCCAUCUGGAUGAAAUUUCAAUUAUUGUUCCAAAUUGUGCAUUAGGUACAGCUGAAGAAUUUAUAACACCAAUGUUCGACUUCUACAGAAGUAUGGGAGAACUGAAUGUGACAGAUAUUGAAUAUGCCUUACUUUCUGCAACCACAAUUCUUUUUUCAGAUCGACCCUAUAUAAAGGAUAAAAUACAUGUAGAAAAGUUGCAGGAGCCUCUUUUGGAGGUUUUGUACAAGUACUCCAAGAUCCAUCAUCCAGAAAGUCCACAGCGCUUUGCUCGGUUGUUGGGUCGCCUUACUCAACUUAGAACCCUUAACCACAACCAUUCAGAGGUACUGAUGUCAUGGAAAACAAAGGAUCAGAAACUCACACCCUUGCUGUGUGAAAUUUGGGAUGUACAGUGACGAUUAUCAUAGGAUCUGAUAGAUAUUUUUGGAUUGGUCAGCUCAACUGCAAGCCAGGCCUUUUUUCACACAGUACAAAAGCACAGAAAGUGAUUUACGUAAGAUCGACUAUAAUAUUCAUCAGUCUGCAGCUACCAAGUGAGAAUAUGUCACAGGCAAAUCAAUUGUCAUGGUAGUCAUUACAGUAACUGAGACUUUUGUUUUUAUUAUCUUUUGUUUAUUAUUUGAUCAACAGCUCUUAUUCAGUUUCUCACAGGCCACUUGGUCAUUAUAUUUUUAUUUUAUAAAGUACUUGUUCUCAAUCAAUGCUAGACUGACCUAACAGUAAGUAAGUCAUUUUGUAAUUCACAUUCCUGAAACAAGACCAGGCUCAAAUUUUCAUCCUGAGUUGGGUGCUCUAAGUUCAGAAUCUUCCUGACUUUGUGAACGUAACUUGGGAGAAAUUACACUGCACUGCCAGAAGCUAGCUCAGGGAGGGAGCUUGUGUACUGGAGUUGGGUCUUCCCACCCCUUCAAACAGUGUGGUGGAAGUCACAGGCCUUCUUAGUGCUGAAGCAGGUUCUUUGAAUAAUCUGACUUAUUGCUGCUCCAGGUUUAGUAAAGUCAAUAAGGCUCUCUAUCUCUCAUCAGUUACACAUGCCCUGUGCCCCAUCAAACUAAUUUAUGUCACCUCAAGCACAUCCCAUGACCCUUACUCCCUCAAGGGCACCCAGUGCCUCUCUACAGAGCCGUCAUAUCCCUUAUAGUCCCUAUGUCAACUGAGUGCCAACACAUGUCUCCUCACCCACAAUCCUUCAUUGUUCAUCCUUAGAAUAUCCAUGUCAACUCACUCAGUAUCCAUCAUUGGCAGAGCUCAGAAACUAUACUGAAAUUAAAUAAAUAAUGCAUUAAGUAUCUAUAGAGACUUCACUGUAUUAAAAUUGUCAAUAAUCAUUGCUAAAACACCAUCCAAUACAUUUAAAUCUCUUCAAGUACUCAAUCCCUUAUAGUAACAUUUAUAGUCAUAGCCCCACAUCAAAGACAGUGAAUGCCUGUACGACCACAUAGAGCUGUCACUCAAGAUGUGAACCUUCAUGCUCCAUAUUGUGAUAAUGGCAGGUUGUAGAGGUCGUCAAGCUGUACUAAUAUUAUAAUGAUAACCCACAGCCUUUUGUCAACAAAUUGCAAUUGAUAUUGAAACAGCCAAUUUUUCUUAACUUAGAGUCACAGCAGGCUUUUUUUUCCAAGUUUUAUACAGCAGGAGAUUUAAAUAAAUUGACAAAUUAUCAGUUUCAAAGACCCUUUUCCACUUUUUACACAUAUUCACAUCUAUUUUUAAUAAUCGUUAGUCACAGAUUCUGUGCUAUAAAUUCCUCUCCAGUGAAAAUGGGGCCUCUGUGAACUCAGCACUGAAUUCAAAUAACAAUGCUGGAUUUGUGUUUCCCAUAUGUGUAAAUCACGUCCUGACCCUUUUGCUCUGGCAAAAAUAACAUCUGUCAGAAAUAGGGGCUUGACUUUCUUUUUGGCCAAGGGAUGAAGUUUCCAUGAAAAUUCAGGCCCAGGAUUUUGCUGGGGAAAUUUCAGCUGAAAACCAGCUGGAAAAGCAACUUUUUAAAAUUUAUUUUAUUCAAAUGUACCAAAUUCCCAAAAUAUCCGUUUUUAAUUUUGACAUGAAUUUACAGAAAAUACUACAAAGUGUCGGAGUGAAUAUAUGAGAUUACAAAAUCACCAAACUGCAUUUCAAAUUGUUUCAAUUAUCUGUGAAUGUUUGCAGAAGAGAAAGCAAAACAUCUUGAAAUGUUAGCAAUUAAGAACAUUCAAUAAAAUGUCAUGUUUAACAAUA